CAACGUAAGACGCCCACCACGUACCUCCAAAGAACUGUUCCUUUCCUCUGUAAGAUUCUUCUUCGUCGUCGUCUUCGUCCAGUAAGUCUCCGUUCAACACAUUCGCCUGUAAAAAUCCCAUUUUUCUUUUACAAAUUCUUAAUCUUUGGAUUGACCGAAUCGUCUUUGUAUUUUUUUUCCUCCAUUAGCAUCUAUCAUCCCUCAGCUAAGCUUCUCCCACUCUCUCUCUCUCUGUUGAAUUGAAACCCCCCCUUCCUUUAUCUUGUUCGUUUUCUGCAAGCAACAGCGAGCCACCCCCUACUGUUCUUCUUAUGCUUUUACUGGGUCUUCGUUUUCGUGUUUGAUUUUUCUUCGUCUUCCCCCUCUGCGAAUGCCUGUCGUUAGAGAGAGAAAGAAAGUGUAGUGAGAGAAUCAGUCAAGGGUUUUGAGUGGAAGACGGCAGAAGGGAAAGGGGACCGUAAUUUCCAAUAAAAGAUCCCCGACAGCUUGCCCUUUUCCAAAUGCCCCCCGGAACCAAUCCUCUGACCUCUACCCGUUUGCCCGGUGGAGAGUUCUGUUAGGGGGUUCCCGGUCGAGAUGGUCGGCGAGGACGAUGAUCGGGGGAAGCCGCUGCCGCCGGCCCCCCGAAAGGCCUACCUGCGGUCCGUCUCGUGGACGGACCGCUCCCCGUCGAAGCCGAACCCCAACCCUCGGGCCCCGGCCAACAACAGCAAGGCCCGCCUGUGCCUCCCGCCGCUCCAGCCCCUCUCGGUUUCCCGACAGAAUGUUGAGGAGUGGCCCAAGGCCGGGUCCGACGACCUCGGUGUGUGGCCUAAUAUACAGACCCCGAGAGGGGGAAGUGGGAAUCCCGGCCCGGGCGGGACGGGCUCCGGCAUGGAGUUCCAGUUCAAGAGGGACAAGCUCGCAUUCUUCGACAAGGAAUGCUCGAAGAUCGCGGACCAUAUUUAUCUCGGGAGCGAUGCGGUGGCCAAGAACAGGGAGACGCUGAGGCAGAACGGGAUCACCCACGUCCUCAAUUGCGUUGGGUUCGUCUCGCCCGAGUACUUCAGGGAGGAUCUCGUGUACAAGACUCUCUGGUUGCAGGAUAGUCCGUCCGAGGACAUUACGAGCAUUCUGUAUGAUGUUUUCGAUUACUUCGAGGAUGUCCGGGAGCAGGGUGGGAGGGUUCUGGUUCACUGCUGUCAGGGGGUCUCUAGAUCGACCUCCCUGGUCAUAGCUUACCUCAUGUGGAGGGAUGGACAGAGCUUUGAGGAUGCGUUCCAGUAUGUGAAGGCUGCACGAGGGGUGACGAAUCCGAACAUGGGAUUCGCCUGUCAGCUCCUACAGCGCCAGAAGAGGGUGAACUUCCCAUCCCCUAACUCUGCUCGAAUGAUCAGAAUGUACAGAAUGGCCCCGCACUCACCUUACGAUCCUCUGCACCUCGUGCCAAAGCAGCUCGGCCGCCCAGGUGCCAAGGGGCUUGAUUCUCGGGGUGCGUUCAUUGUCCAUGUUCCCGAUGCUAUAUAUGUCUGGGUCGGGAAGGAGUGCAAACAUGUGAUGUCGAAUAAGGCGAUGGAUGCAGCGUUUCAGGUCAUCCGAUACGAGAGGGCAAAGGGCCCCAUCUUGAGGAUAGGAGAAGGGGAAGAGCCAUCGGAAUUUUGGAAUUCUCUUGCAAAUAUGCAACUCUUGUCUGAUGGGGACGAGAGGGUUGAGGAAAGAACUGAAGAAAGUUCCUCUCGCAAAAGUGAUUCAGGUUUUGCUAUCGAUUGUGUUGAGAUUGGCGGGAGGAGAGUGAAGGAUUACGAUUUAGAUUUUGAGAUCUUCCACAAGGCCCUCGCUGGAGGCGUCGUUCCGAUAUUCUCUGUAUCGAAUACCGAUACGGAGAUGUGCCUCCCAGCUCGGGAAAAUGGAUGGGACCGACUUAGGCAGAAGUUUGCUAGCGGUUUGAUGAGAGAGUAUCUCACCUCAUUGAGAUUGAAAGGGGUCUCUAACUCUGCAGCCACUGCAACUCUAAGUUCACCGAGGGAAUCAGAAGAGUCUGAUCAUAUGAAUAUCCCCUCAUCGCCAUUGACACCUUCAACACAUCCCUGUGGCUCGCCGGAUUCGCUUAGUUGCUUCCUCACAAGCAGUCCCCAGAGGAUAAGCGACACUGGCUCUUAUAGAGAAGAGGAGGAAGGAAGCAUUACUUCUUCGCCCGAUUCAUAUUCUCGAAUCCCGAUUGGUAGCCCAAUUUUCAGUUCCAAGUCCCCGACACUCUCACCAUCAACAUCUGACUAUUCCGGGAGCUCGUUCACUUUCUCGCCCUCGUCUUCUAACUGGUCUGACUUGCCCUACCAGUCCUCCCAGCAGCCCUCACCUUCUGGCUUGGAAUCAGCAGGCCCAGCUCUGAGGAAGGACAUCCGCUGGUGGGAUAAGUUUCCUUCACCUAGUAAGGAUAGCCCGGCUUCCCCGAGAGAGGUUUUCCCCGCUGAUCAGGUUUCGAGGGUUGCGAACUCGCGUCUAGAGGGGAAGGGCAUUUUACCCUCUAUAGCAGAGCGAAGAGGGAGUAAUCCUCCGCCUCGGAUGCGCCUACCAUCGGUUGAUGAGCAAUCUCACGUUCACAGGAAGCUGGUCCGGCCAUGGUCCUUUUCACUACCGGACUUGGGCGAUGAUGUGAUGCAGGAUGCUGAUCAUGACCGAUUGGAGGAUGGCGAAGAUGACGGGGAAGUGUUAAUGAUGGAGGCUGAUGCUGAUCCCGUGUCAAAGCUCGAUGGCGAAAUGUUAGCGGAAGUUGAAGAGGGAAAGAGCUUUCAUCUUUCCACUUUGUGCAGAUAACUAGUGGGGAUAAAGUGCCAGAAUAGUUCAUAGAGUUCGACGGGUCCUGCAUAAAAAUCUGCUUAGAAUACGCUCGAGAGGAAAGACAACAUCUGUACCCGUGUUCGAUUUGCUGUUGAUCGAGAAAAGCAAGGACCACUUGCAGAAUCCAGCGUUGCUCGUUAUUGUUCCGGCCUUGAUUGAAGAUUCAGGCAUCCCAGGCAGCAAAAGUGGCCUGCCUGUGAGAUGAUGUAUGGGAAGGAUUUAUCUAUCUACUGUUUUAUUGAACUAAGUUGUCGAUAUGUGAUGUACAGAAAGGUGUACUGUACGCUAAUUAGGGACAAGAUAUUAGAUACAUAGCUUAUUAACUUUCAGUUGCGCAAAGGAGAAGAGAAUAAUAUCAAUAAGUGAAGUCGAGAAUACUUUCCCUUUA